UUUCCCCGUGAUGCAAUUCAUUCUAUACAUAAACAUAAAUACAAGAUAUUCUCACGUUGACUUCUAUGAAUUUUUAAUAGAGUUUUAUGUAUGACAAUAAAAUGUAUUUUAGAGUUUUUAAACAUAAAUCUUAUUCUCUGUAAUGUGUCUUAUUUGUUUCGUGUAAUUUCGAACAGUGAACCGUAUAUGCGCAUAAUGAUUCGGCUUAACCGCAUUGCUACAUAAUGAUUUCAAAAUCGAAAUGAUUUUGGUUUGUACUUUUUAGCUAACAACAGUGCCGUGUAUUAAAAACCAUGUCGUUACGUCAGCUUCUUCGAGUAUUAUUUAAGAGAGCUAGUCCUGUUCUGUAUGCUACAAGUUAUACAUUCGUAAAUCCACCAGACCCACGGAAACCCACGAUGGAUGACAAGUUACAAUUUGAGCCUGUCGAUGUUAAAAAACUGACUCCUGAGUACAUGAUACAACAGUCAACUAUAGAUGCUGUUAAUAGUGCAACUCAAUCAUUAACUGUUGCAUACACAGCAAUAAUGAAAACAAGUAGUGAAUUAAAAAUAUUGUUGACUCAGUUAAUCUGUCUUUCAAGAGAAACUUUAGAAUUCAAUGUUACUGCCGACGAAAGUCAUUGGGAUAUGAUAGUUGAACUAAGAUCAAAAGUGCAAAGUAAAAAAGAAUUGUUAACUAAGUUGACAGGAUAUGUUGAAUAUGUGCAUAAAAUGGCAGUGGCUGCUUCCGAAAUAAGUUAUUUGUCCGGCUUGGACAAUUUAUCUAUUAGUCUUACUCAAAGAAUAGAUGAUGCGUUACAGAAUAUAAAGGAGGAAGUUAAUCAUAUUGCAAUACUUGAACAAGAAUAUUGUGAUGUACAAAGAGCAUGUAUUGAAAAUUCAAAUAAGCCAGACGCGCCUAAGGAUGAAACGAUUGUUUCUUAAGUUCCAUGGUUUCAAAAACUUAUGUUUAAGUUUUUAUACAGCGAAUGGAAGCAUAUUAGAACUAAAUUAAUUAUACAUAUUAUUUCUGUCUUAAAUGACACUUUUCACAUUGUUCAUUUAUAGGUCUACCGAAGUAACUAUGUGUAAUUAAAGGGAAUAGAGGAUAAUGGAAUGUGCACAAUUAAUUUUGUAGAAAAUAAAGAUCAACAAUUGUAUUCACGCA